ACACCGUUGGCAUAGUUCCUUCCACCCGGCAUAGGUGGACUUUGGUCAACUGCAACAACAGAAGCUUUCCAUCAAAGGUGUUACUGCAAUACUCCAUUUAGAGAUGACACAGGCAAGACUGGUGGUCGCUUUGAUGCUGGCCAUUUCAACAGGCUGUGCCUCGCAAGGACUGGACACAUCUAUCCCUCUUCAGUUUCCAAGUCAGUGCAAUAGAGACCAGUUCUUCAACUCCGCAUCCCUGAGAUGCCAGGCCUGUGGAUCCAAUCAGCACCGAAGCCCAAGUGGUCUAGCUUGUACCUGUGAUCGUGGUUUUACUAUGAUGAACCUGGGCAGCCCUGUGGUGCAGUGCUCUCCGUGUAAUGGCACAGUGUCACACGACAAGCGGAGGUGUCUGAGGUGCACAGAAGCAGAGGGAGACUGCCAGUGUGGAACUGGGCAAACCCGUGUUGAGAGUCUGACUAACCUGACUGCUUCCUGUUUCACUUGUUCCCCUGACACCCUUGGGAUUCCGGCAAGUCCCAUAUGUGGUCUGUGUCGAGAUUCAUUCUACAAAGUUACGGGCUUAUGUCAUUGUCCUGAUGCUCAGCUCACAGGUGGAGUCUGUUUUACUAGUACAGAUGUAGCCAGUGUGCCGGGAAGUGUACCGCAGGACUCCGUCUGGUUUAAGACCUACUUAGACUCCAGCCUGUUGGGAUGUCUGGAUUACAACAACCUCACAGCAUGCCAGCUUCUGGCCAACAUGGUAGCACUGGCCGCUGGAAGAGCCGACUCCAAAGCUGUCCACCUGUAUCAGCUUGCUGCUUCACACCAGCCACCACUUCCUUUCCUGCCAAGACUAUACCCCAGUACUGGAACACCAGCAUUUCCAAGAGGACUAACCUUCAGAAGCAAUGAACAGCUGCCUUUGAUGCUGGCAAGCUACAGUGCCAGCGGUCAGUUAGUUGGUUGGGAGGAUGUAUCUGGUGGAAUCCUACAGCUUUGUCCAGACACCCAGUCAAGACUGAACACAGCUUACCUCUUUGGAACAACCUUUCGACAGUCUUGUUCCAUCUCUGUUCAGGAGCUUCUCAUCAAGUAUCCUGAGCCAGUGUUUCACCAGCUCUUCCUUCGACACACUGACAGCGAUGGAACACUGAUGGUGUGGCCAGUCCCCACUCAGAGCCAUUUUCCAGAGUCCGGAACCACAGUCCACAGCAUACAGAGGUUCUUCCUGGUGGAUGGACUCACAGGCAGAGCAGACAGCCUGAUGUCACCACCAAGAUCCAUCCACUACCUCAGCUCUCUCAUGUUCAGUGUGCGCAUCCCAACCAGCAGCCCAGGGGCUACUCCAGCUCUCCAGCUGAGCCUUCAGUACAGGACAGCCAGCGUUGCUGACAAUACCAGUGUCCUGGUGUCAUUUGCUGUGGCUUACAGCAUGGAUGAGGCCGCCAUGCAAUUGGCCACCACAAUCUCAGUGGUAGUGUUGAGUGUCUUGUCCCUCCUGGUGACACUGCUCGAGACAAGCAGCUGGAGUCGGAGAUCGGGACAGCACACACUCAACUUCACAACGUUAAUAAAGUUCAUGGCCUUUUUGAGUGGUAAUCUGGCAAAUACUUUCUUCCUGGUUACUUUUGGGACAGGCAUUUACUGGCUUGUGGCUUUUAAGGCCCAGUUUUCCAUUGUUACUGCAAUGCUGCCCUCUCCUGGUGGUACUAUAGAAAUGCAUUUUAAAAGCUAUGUGUCUCUGGCCUUUAUUCUUAAAGCCCUGCAACUCAUACACCUGCUGGUGGUGCAGCUGUCCAUUGAUAUAUUUCUUAUUGACUGGGAGAGACCUCAUAAACCCAGGGCCUCAGGACCCUCAGCUCCUCUGUCUGGUCUGGUGGCGUCCACUGCUCCAGCUGCUCCCUCGGCCUGGAGGCGUCUCCUGGUAGCCAACGAGUGGAAUGAGCUGCAGGCGGUUCGGAGGGUCAGCCCGGUGCUCCAGCUGCUGGCUGCACUGCUGCUUCUACAGGUUGUGGGCCUGGUGAACAUGGCCACCAGAGACUUUCGACUAAAUCUGCAUACUGGGGGAGAUGACCUCUCCUCCCUAGACAGCCCCAUCCUCAGAUAUGGCAUCAUCACCUCAGUGUGGCUAGGACUGGGACUACUCCAGCUGCUAAUCUAUCACCUGUUGUAUGAGCGCUGUGUUGAGGACAAAGUGCGCCAGUUUGUGGACCUGUGUUCAAUCAGUAAUGUAUCUGUGUUUGUUCUCAUGCACCGUUGCUAUGGAUAUUACAUACAUGGUAGGUCAGUCCAUGGAAAUGCAGAUGUCAGCAUCGAGACUUUGCGAAAUAACCUUAGGAAUGAGGAGGAGGACCGCUGUGCCCAGCGUGGUUUGGAGCCCCACUCUGACACCCAGGUGUUUGAGGUUGCGCUGACGGAACGUGUCUGCCAACAGCUGAACAGAGUCACACUGCCUCUAACUGAGCUCAACGAGAGAAGACAUGGUGACAGAGCAGAGAGCCAGACCCAGGCAGCCCGAGUCUCCCACAACAUGAACACUCUCCUCUCCUUAUUCCUUCAGCAUUCCCUAAAGGACAUGGACUAUAUUGUGAAAGAUAAACUGGCCCUGGAGAGGAUUCUAAAGUAUGAAUUUCAGCAGCCUACUGAGAGGAGUGUACUCUACAAAGACCCAGAUGGUACUGUCUUUGGUGAGGUGCUCUACUAUGGUAAAGAACUGCUGCUUCUGAUCUUUGACACCCUCCUGUUCUGUGUCAUUGAUAUGGCCUCACAGGACAUAGUGCUUGCAGCAGUACUCACUUACACUGUGCAACAGGUACUGGAUAUCAUACGUUUCCGUGUCUCCAGACGCAAUUUGUCUUCCAAGACCCUGGUGGAUCAGUGCUUUCUUAUCUGAAGGCUGAGGAUCAAGAUUUAUCUGGUCUUCAUUGUGCCAACUGUUGUACAGAGUUCACUUUUGCAAGGCCAGGUUGCAGUAUCUAAGUAUCUAAGUGUGAUAAUAAUCAGCAUUGACAAGUAGAUCUGUUUUCAUAGAUAAGUAAAGUAAACAAGAAAAGUUUGUGAGACCCUCGCUCCAUGCAGAAGGACAAAUCUGAUUGAUUACAGUAUCUGGCCCCUGUUGGAGGGCAAGGGUAAUGAGGUUAGACAUGCUUCUUGUUGCCUAUUUCUUUUGCAUUGUAUUUGUGUACACAAUCUAUUUGAAAUAUAUUAAAUAGAAAUGGUAAUGGCCUAAU